AUGAUCACGGCUAAACUAGCAGACGACCUCAACCUCGGUCGUGUUAGACUAGCCUCUGGGCCUUCCUUCGUUUCGCCGCUUGGGUUAGUCCCUAAGCACGAUGGGGGUUGGCGCCGCAUCCAUGAUCUCUCUUGGCCCCCUGGACAAGGCCUUAACCAGGGCAUACCAGACUCCUGGUCAGCUAUUGAAUACAUGACAAUCGAUAAUAUCUAUGAGCAAGUUAUACAAGCUGGGCUAGGCUGCGUAAUAAUCAAGAGGGAUAUCAAAGACGCCUUCCGAAUAGUCCCUGUUGCCGAGGACAACCAGCAUCUCCUUGCCUUCCAGUGGAACGAUUCCACUUACGUCGAGUGCUGUCUCCCCUUUGGCCUGGCAACGGCCCUAUUUCUCUUCAACCUCUUCGCUGAGGCACUCCAUUGGAUACUCCAAUGCCUUCUUCCUGCAUUCUAUAUCAAUCAUUACCUAGACGACUUUAUCGCAAUUGCUCGGUCUCCCUCGGUGUUCGAUCCUAUGAGUGCCUUCGAUAAGGUUUACAAUAGGGUCACCGACUACCUACGUAUCCCUCGCAAUACUAAGAAAGACCAGCAAGGGACCUGUGUCACAGUCCUAGGUAUCCAGAUAGACGCUAUCGCAAUGGAAGCUCGUCUGCCACCAGAAAAGUUGUGCCGCGCCACAUUGGACGCCGCAGCUGCCCUAAACGCGGCGAGUCUCUCCCUCAAGCAAACAGAGCGCCUCACAGGCUUACUAGCCUUCUGUUCAAGAGUUGUUCGGCUAGGAAGAACAAGGCUACAGUCCCUAUACACCUUCCAAGCCGCUUUCCCACAUGGGAGUAGCGCGCGCCGCCGUAUGCCUUAUGAGGUUCGUGACGAUUUGGAAUGGUGGAGGGACUCCUUGUCUCUCUUCAACGGCGUACUUCUAAUUGACCCCUGUCGCCGCACUAUCACGCAUCUCUACACAGAUGCCUCCAGUACAGGCCAGGGGCUCUUCUUCUUUUCAUCUAAGUCUACAUUAGACUGCUGGCUGGCCCAUUGUCACCAGCUUCAUCCAAGCAAUGCUGCCACAUUGGCCCUUGCUCAAGACGCACAUGCGCACAUCAAUACCAAUGAAGUAGACGCUAUUCUUCAAGGUUUCCUACUCUUCAGCCACCAUUGGCUCCAUCAUACUCUCGUUAUCCACACGGAUAGCUCCACAGCGCACACGGGACUAAAGAAAGGCUUCCUUCAUAGUCCGCCUAACGCACCACUGAAGAGCCUACUUAUCCUAGCGGCGGCGAGAGACAUCCACAUUGUGCCCCACUGGCUCCCUUCCGGGGAAAAUAAAUUAGCAGAUGCGCUCUCUCGUAAUAACCUUGAAGACAUUGCUAACAUUUGUCCCCAUUGGCAGGACCUCUCGGUAUUGAACCACCCACGUGGUUCUCUUCACGAGCUCCUCAGCUCAAUACAGGCCACCUGA